CCAUAAUAUGUUAUAGGUCUACAAAGUUUAUAAAUACUAGUUUAUGAAAAUGGAAGUUAAGCCACUCCCACCAGUGCCCGACAAACUGAAAAUUGUUCGUCCAUACAUUAAUGCUGCAAAAGAGCUAAAAAGUGAAGCACCCGUUGCAUCCUAUUACUGCAAUAUCUAUGCUCUUGAAAGAGCCAUGAAACCUGAUGUUAAAAAAGACCCAGAUGCAAAAGGCUUCUUGCUAAAUUUGAUGGAUUAUGCAGAGGCGCAUAAGCAGGCAUUGCUGAAUCAUCCGGAUUUUGCUGAAGAUAUUCAAGGUGGUGAUAGUUCCGGGUAUGAAGUUGUCUACGGAGCAGCCAUGGAGUUAUUUGUCUCCGCUGAUAAACAAGACAGAGAUAGUAACUUUAACAAGCAUUUGGUACGAACUUUCUACACAAGCGCAAUCCUUUUUGAUGUUCUUCAGACAUUCAAAGAAGAGCUGCCAGAUAAAGUAGUUUCCCUGAGAAAAUAUGCUCGAUGGAAGGCCACGUACAUACACAGAUGCUUGAAAAACAAUGAAGCUCCCAUACCAGGACCUAUUGGUGAUGAAGAGGGUCCAUUAACUGAUGAGAGCUAUUCUAAAGACAACCAAGCCCAACCUGGACCCUCCUACAGCGCCCCAGGACCAUCAUCAUCCACUUACGCUGAUCCCGGACCAUCAAGCUACACUGAGCAACCUAAACCAAGUCCGAGAGUCCAGCCACAGCCUGAACCACAACCCCAAUAUGAAGAGGAAGCAAGCAGCAGUGGUGCUGGUCUCUCCCCUGACUUGAUGCAGCAAGCUGAAAAACUUUGCAAACACGCAGGCAGUGCGCUGCAGUAUGAGGACGUACCCGGUGCGAUCAAUCUGCUUGAAAAAUGCCUAAAACUUCUACGUACUGGAAAAGAGUGAUCGUACACAGACACCCUGAGUUUUAUAUAAAGGGCUGGUAAACUGAGGCAGCAAACUUAACUCUUCCAUUAACCCAAAUAACAUUAUUUAAAUAAGUAUACAUAAAUAGUUUAAAACCUAUAUAUAAUAUCAGUUUUGACAUCCAGCCCUAGCACAAGCGGAACUAUGCAUUAAAAAGACAAUAGCAGUACCCUAACUAAGAACUGGUUUUCCUGUUGCCAGUAUACAAUUCUAUUUUCAGUUGAUAUUAUUCUUAAAACUCUUUUUCUUUUUGGAAACCCGAUAUUGUAAUUUUAAUGAUGAUUAGUAGUUGCUAGUUUGUGUUACUGUAACAUAAAUGAAUAUAUUAUAUACCUUAGAAUCAGCAGUACAAGUUAUUAGUUAUUACA